GGGGGGACCCUUAGGUGAUUGGUUUCUGAGCUUGGAGGCGGGACUUCACGGACGCGCUCCACGUUCAUUGGUUGGGAUGUGGGCGGGUUCCGGAGAGCGCGCACUGAGACUGUGACCAUGGAGGAAAUGAGCGGCUUCCCGAAGGUGAGGCCCACAGGAGUGCGAGGAGCUGGUGAGCAGAGUACUGCACCUGCACUUCAGGGAUUGCAAGACGAAAGUCAGUGGGGACGCGUUGCAGCUCAUGGCGGAGUUCUUGAAGAUCUUCGUGGUAGCCGCUGUUCGUGGGGUGCAGCAGGCCCAGGCAGAGGACCUAGACAUCGUGGAUGUGGAUCAGCUGGAGAAGGUGCUCCCUCAGCUGCUCCUGGACUUCUAGAGGUUGGCCUGUGGCCUGCAGAGUCUAGGACGAAGUCCUGUCAGCAUCGACAUCCAGUUCCCCAGGUUCCAGAGAACGGGAGGACACCAGGAGCUGUUACCCUCCCUAGCUAUGGCCUCUGGGGGUCUGUGUGAGACAGGUGCAGGGAAGGUGGGCAGCCUUCCCACAGCCACCCACCCUCACCACCCCCACUCAUUAUAAACAGAGGCUGGCGGUGCUGCCUUCUUGCCCCCCCUCCAUCAGAGCUGCUGUGUGGCUUUUAACCACCGGACCAGGAUGCCUCCCUGAGCUGUAAAUUUGUUCUUACAAAGCAACAUCAAUAAAUCAACACCAUCUCUCCGAGA